CGAUAGGGCAGGACGCCGACCAGGACGGUGAACGUACACAGUAGCCCUUUGAAGCUUCCCGUGCAUUCUGACCUGUGCUCGGGGCCGUUGCGAAAGCCACUUCACUUCGCAGCCACGCAAUGGGACCCCUCCUGAGAGCAGCCCACCGGGCGCGCCUUGCGCCAGCCAGCAGAGCUGCAUUCACCACCCAAGGGAGGCGCCAUCUCACCAACAAUGGCUUCUUCCGCGUGUCCGAGGAGGUGCGAGAAGCCCUGCACGCGAACAAGCCUGUCGUUGCGCUGGAAACGACAAUAUAUACCCACGGGUUCCCCUACCCCGAGAACGUAGCUUUAGCUUCCCUACUCGAGAGCGUGGUCCGCGUAAAUGGCGGUGUCCCUGCGACCAUAGGCAUUCUGGACGGCAUCGUACACGUGGGUAUGGACCCAGAGGAAUUGAUAAGACUCACAGAGUCAGCUGGCCGCAACACCACCCUGAAGCUCUCGCGACGAGACCUCAGCUACGUCUGCGGGCAGCGAUUAGUAGGCAAGAACUUCAAUGGAGGGACUACAAUCUCGGCAACCAUGCUACUGGCACACCUGGCCGGCAUAAAGGUGUUUGGUACUGGUGGUCUCGGUGGAGUACAUCGCGGAGCUGAAUCCAGUAUGGACAUAUCUGCGGAUUUGACAGAGCUCGGCCGGACACCAGUCACCGUCAUUUCCAGCGGGUGCAAGAGCUUCCUCGAUAUACCCCGCACAUUGGAGUAUCUUGAGACCGAAGGCGCCUUCGUCGGCACCUUCGCCGACGGGCGCAAGGGUAGCGUAGACUUUCCGGCUUUUUGGUCCAGGGACAGUGGCGUGAAGAGUCCCACGACGAUUGAGAACGAGAUCGAGGCUGCUGCAAUCAUCCAUGCGCAACACUCACUGGGUAUCUCGUCCGGACUGCUCUUGGCGAACCCAAUUCCCGUUGAAAGUGCCAUCCCCAAGGAAACCAUGGACGCCGUGAUUGAGGAAGCCAUAAAACAGGCCACUGCUUCCGGCAUCAUCGGCAAAGACAACACACCUUUUAUCCUCGCAAAGAUCAAAGAGCUGACCAAAGGCGCAAGCAUCCCCGCAAACAGGGCACUUAUAGAGUCUAACGUGAGGCGUGCCACGAUCGUAGCCCGAGAGCUUGCGAUACUAGAGUCGAAGCAGGACGAUGCCCAAGGAAAAUCAUCUUCAGUCUUCAAUACUGUCUUGUCUACUCCUGCAACUACAACAAAAUCCCGCCCAAACGGUGUAGUCUUACCUGACUCAACGCCUGUUGCAGCCAAAGCACCAACAGAAACCCCAGCAGUGGACGUCGUGGUCGCGGGCGCUCUGGCAGUGGACUUUUCUUGUGAUUAUGCGCCCUUCGCCAACUCGUCUGACCCAAUCGAACCUGCGAUGCAUACGUCAAACCCUGCUGUGGUCAAUCAGACAUUAGGAGGGGUAGCUCACAAUAUCGCCAAAGCAGCACAUCUCCUUGGUGCUGCAGUCCAGCUGCGUAGUGCCGUCGGCGAUGAUCUUACCGGACGUGCAGCUCUCAGCCAGCUGGAAGAUGAAGGCAUGACUACUACUGGCAUUCGCACGCUUCCAAAACCAGCACGUACUGCUCAGUACGUUGCCAUCAACAACGCGAAUAAAGACCUCACACUCGCCAUGGCUGAUAUGAAAAUACUCGAAAACAUACCCGAAUCACAACUGAUGGACCUUCUCAACAUGGAAUCCAACCACACCCUCCCUGAUGUCUUUGUCGCGGACGCGAACUGGGACUCUACUUCCCUCCACAAGUGGCUCAACCUAGGCAGAACCUCGCCACACACAACAACCAUCUUCGAGCCAGUCUCCGUGGCCAAAGCCCUCCGUAUCUUCCCUCCCAAAUCUAGCCAGGACCCCAUUACCUACCCACUCGUCGACAUCAUCACACCCAACGAGCUCGAACUCCAGGCCCUGCAUAACCACGCCUACACCCUCGGUCUCUUCGAGUCACCUGAGUGGUUUACCAUCAUCGACGCCCUCGGCAUCCCGUCUGUCGGUCUCCGCGUCCCGCUCGCAUACACCACGACUCCCGCCCUCGUAGACGCAGGGAUCCCGCAACAAGCGAUCAAGCUUCUUCCUUUCUUUCCUACUAUCCUCACGAAACUCGGCCCACAAGGCGUGCUCCUGACGCAGUUGCUCAAGGCGGGCGACCCGGUGCUUAGUUCAGCGGACGAGGCGCAGUACGUGCUUGCGCGGUGUAACAACGGCGACCAAGAGGUUGGGGGCCUGUAUGUGAGGUUGUAUCCUACGAAAGUGCUGGAGAAGGAAGAGGUGGUCAGUGUGAACGGGUGUGGAGACACGUUUGUUGGGGCGUUGGCGGUUGGGUUGUCGAAGAAGAAGCGGGUGCAAGAUUGUGUUGGGCUGUCGCAGAGGGCGGCGGGGUUGACGUUGAGGAGUAAGGAGAGCGUCAGUCCUGAGCUGAAGAGUUUGAGG